UUUCACGACGUGAGCAUCCACGGGUUAAGGAUACCAAGCGACAGAUCACAAUUUUCUCUUAAAGAUACAGUCAUCCAGCAUUUGUUUUGGUAUCACAGACACCCUAUAUAUCAGACAACGCGGCGUGAUGGCGGUUUCCUCAUCGAUCGCGAUCGCUUUCAUCGGUGUGGCCGCUUACGCGGUUGCAGCCGGACCCGUCCAGGGUGUAUCAAACGCGGUGCAACAGGAUACGUAUGCAUCUCCGGCAGAUCUGGCAAUUGUGGCAAGAUACUUGGAAAAUCGCAAUGCAGGCAACCGCAAUUUAGAUGGUUAUCUACUGCGGCAGACACGUCGAGGAUUGGAUUCUUUAUCUGGGGCAACCUUUGGUGAAAACAAAAGAUACGUACCUCUCAGGCGAUUCGGCGCGAUAAGCUUGCAACCAGGUAAUUUCGACGAGAUCGACCGAUCGGUGUUUGAUCGUUUCUCCAAGAGGAAUAUCGACGAGAUCGAUACCGCGUUCGAUAGCUUCUUCAAACGGAACUUCGACGAGAUCGAUCGGGCCGGUUGGAGCGGAUUCGUCAAGAGGCUCAAUAAUUACCUUGCGGACAGGCAGCGACGUUAAUUGGCGCAAGAGGCGGGAGGAGAGAAUAGCGGGACGAAAGGACACGAGAAAAGGGCAAAGGGGUAAGGAGAAGCGCGAGAGAGACAUUGCUGAUACCCGAAUCGCACGUUUCAGAGAACUCGUUUAAUUUAAACUUGUAAAAUUUUGGCAAAAUUAAUAAUCGAUUUUGCAAAUUAAAAUCAUCUUUUCUGCUGCCCUUUAAUGAUCGCACGUUUAAGAACGCAUUUAAUCGAUGUGAAAUAUAAAUGUUCAUGAGAUUGUUUUUCUCGCGAUCAUUGGGCAUUAUUCAGCUGAUGCAAGAUCGUUUAACAUAAUUUUUAAUUUCCUCGUUUAGAAUCGCUAGAUGUGUAUUUUCAAUCACAAAUUUCAGAAAUUAAGCUAGCAGAAAAAUGGCGAUUAUUUUAUGGCGAAGUAUUUAUAGUUACGAAAAUAUUUAAUAUUUAAAAAAUUAUAAGUUUCUUGCAAAAUAAAUAAGCAAGUCUUUUAUGUGUUUUUGAUUAAUUUUAACUAAGCUUUUAUAAAAAAAUAUAUUUUUUUGAAUAAUAUAUAGUAUAUUCUUAAGAUAUUUUUAAUAACAAAGAAUUUAAAUGCUUGCGACAAUUGGAGGCCUAUCAAAAAAAUUUCGUUAAAUGUAAAUCAAAUUCAUUGUCGCAAAAUCUGUAGCUAGCAGAAUAUCCAGAUUAUUUGAUUAAAAUACUUUUAAAAUACCUCUUAUAGAUAAAAUAUGUGAAUCAAACGAAAAACAGAAAAAUGUAAAGGGCUUCUUUUAUUUGAUUAAACCUAUGACAGAUUUUACCUGGACAGAUAAAGAUUUUUAGAAUGAAUCAAAGGAAAUUAAUCGCCAUUUAUUGAUUCCAAAAUAAUUGUUAAAUAAAAUAUUUAUUCCAAAGGAGCUCUUACAUAUACUCCUAUUGCAAUCUUUGACGACUCUUUGAGAUACGCUGUGCUGCAAAAAAAUAACUAAUUUACAUUCUAAUAUACGGCUAUGUGUAUAUAUUGUUAUUGUGUAAUUAAUUGUAUAUACUAAUUAUCAAAUCAACGUGUGAAUUUUGGAAUUAUAUUGCGCAAAAUUAUAAAUACUCAAAUUUUAAGAGCGAUUAAGAAAUAAUGUCGUUCUUCUUUGAGAGAACUCAUUUGAGAAAGAAUCUCGAUGACGUAAAAAAAUACUCAAGAUAUCUUUAUGUCCAAAGCAUGUGACCUGGCAAAGAUGUUUUUUCGCGAUUAAUCAUAUAUUAAGAUAAUUUAAAGCCGUCACUUUGACAAAAUAUGAUCGAUUAAAGAUCAUAUAAAAUGUAUUACGCGGUUCGUCCUCUCUACUCAUAUACUGUCACUCUGUAAAAAAUGUGCUAUCUAAAUAAAGAGAACGAUAAUCAAUGA